AGACAUGUCGGGCCGGCCGGUAUAUAGAGCGAUAGAGCCGAGCUAACGACUCCAGCUGCCGGUUGUGUUUCAGCCUGUGGAUAUUUUCUCUCUCAACAAUCGUUGUCUAACGAUAAGAUAACAGUACAUUGUCAACAUGCCACCAAAACGGAAGGGUGGGAAGGCGAAGGGCAAGGCUGGAGGCAAGAAGGCCAAGGUCGAGGUGGAGGUGGAGGUCGAGGAAGAGGAAGAGACGACUACGCUGAAGGACAAGAUCAAGACGCUGAAGGCAGCGGACGCGGGCAAGAAGAAGUCCCACAAGCCCGACUCCUUCAUCCCAUCCAGUUCCUCCUAUGAGGUGGAGGAUGACUAUGACUGCAUGUUGAACCAGACGAACAUCGGCCACAACAACAACAAGUACUACGUGAUACAGGUGCUGACCCUCGGUGGGAAGUACUACACCUGGAACAGAUGGGGCAGGGUGGGGGAGUCUGGUGCAAAUGCCUUAAAGGGACCAAUGGCCCUAGAUGCAGCAGCGAAAGAUUUUGAGAAAAAGUUUCAAGACAAAACCAGGAAUAAAUGGGCCAACCGCGACAGCUUCAAGCCUGUGCCAGGAAAGUACACUCUCAUCGAGAUGGCGAAUGAUGAUGAGGAGGAUGAAGUUGAUGCUCCUGUGAUAGACACCAAGGGAAGAAAGGUAGAGGAGAGCACUCUACAUGUAACCACACAGAAACUGGUGAAUCUCAUCUUCGACCUUGACAUGUUCAAAGACGCCAUGAAGAGCUUUGACAUUGACGUGAAGAAGAUGCCACUGGGUAAACUGAGCAAGGCACAGAUAGCUAAAGGCUUCGAGUGUUUGGAGGAGAUUGAGGACGAGUUGAAGAAGAGCAAGCCAGCGGCGGCUAAACUCAGGGAACUGUCGUCGAGGUUCUACACAGUGAUUCCACAUGACUUCGGUCGCAAGAUUCCGCCAUCUAUUGCUGACUCGGAGACUCUUCAGAAGAAGAUGGACAUGUUGGCUGUGCUGGGAGAUAUCGAGCUGGCUCAAAGUCUACAGAAAGACAAGGACAAAGCUAUGGCAGCUUCUAAGGAUGCAGCUCUUCCGAACCCCAUUGAUGUCAACUAUGGCCUUCUCAAGUGUGGCCUUGAACUUGUUGAUCCUAAAAGUGAGGAAUUCAAGAUUCUCAACAAGUACAAGGAUGCCACUGAAGGUUACAGGAAGGUCAAGAUUCAGCACAUCUGGAAGGUCAACAGGGAUGGCGAGGCUUCUCGGUUUUCAACUCAUAAGGCUCUUGACAACAGGAAGCUGCUGUGGCACGGAACCAAUGUGGCCGUCGUGGCAGCCAUCUUGAAAAGCGGACUGCGCAUCAUGCCCCACAGUGGGGGGAGAGUGGGGAGGGGCAUCUACUUCGCCUCAGAAAACGGGAAAUCUGCUGGUUAUGUUGGGACCAAUGGCAAGACUGGCAUCAUGUUCCUGAAUGAAGUCGCGCUCGGCAAGGAGAAGCACAUCGACCGGGACAACUCCAGCCUGGUCCAGGCACCCAAAGGAUUCGACUCCAUUGUAGCCAAGGGGAGGACCGAACCAGACCCCAAGCUCGACACGGUCCUUACCAUUGAUGGCGGCAAGGUGACGGUUCCACAAGGCAAGCCAGUGAACCAAUCCAAGUUUUCAGGAAGCAGCUUCUCUCAGAGUGAAUAUCUUGUAUACAAGGAGAGCCAGAACCGGAUCCGGUACCUCCUUCUCAUGGAGUUCUCCUACUGAACAUCAACAUCAACAUCAGCUUAACAUCACCUGCCAAACGUCAGUGUCAGCUUUAUUAACGAUCACUUGCGAACAUCAUCUAUACAUUAUUGGUGAAGCCUUUGCAUCUGCUUCAACAGAACAUCAACAUCAGCUAAAACAUCACCAGCUGAACAUCGUCAGCUCUUACAACUGAACAUCAACAUCAGCUCAAACAUCACCAAGUGACCAUUGUCAGUUGUACAUCAGCUCAUAUAUCACCAGCCAAGCAUCGACAGCUUUAACAACAACUAAACAUCAACUUUAACAUCGCCAACUUAACAUCAACUCUAACAUCACCAGCUUAACAUCAACAUUUCCACGUCUCGUUAAGGCAUCACACAGAGUAUUAUAUGUACUGAAAAUCUGUCAUCUUCAAAGCAUUUAAGUUAAACUUUUAAUGAGUUAUUUACCACCAUUAGGAAGUCUGUACCUAUUUCACUGUUUCCCAUCUCCGCCCUCACUGAAUUUUUGUUCUGACGUGAAAUAAGAAGUCUUAGUUUUCUCCGCUAGGAAAUGUAUUCCCUGAUGUGAUUAAGGAAAAAGUCUUACCCUUUCAGUCAUGACUGUCCUUGCAAUCUUUCUACAUCCAUUAAACAAUUGUUUCCAAGAAAAACAUGUCCUUCUACGUCAAUUAGACAGAAGUGGCAUAUUACCAUGUGAUCUAAGUUUCAUCUAAA